CUGAGGAGGCAGAGGAGAAAGAAACGUUCAGACAGUAGUCCGUGUGCGAAGCUUCGUGCAGGAGAGCGAUUAAAAGAGAGUUUUGUUUGCUGUGUAUUGUAGCCUUUUUGCCUAAUUAAGUCAGUAAUUAGUUCAUCUAUCCAGAAAAAUCUUGAUAAAUAAAAUUUUUUGUAGUCUAUUUUACUAAGUGUUUCGCUGUCAGCUUGUUAAAAAAACUUGAAAACCAUACAACCAAAGUUAAUGCUUGUAGCAAUCAUGAUUGUACGGGGAAAGUGUCUAAACAUCGAGUUAACUCCUGAAUGAUUGGAAUAGUGUGUUAUAAAGACUUUUAAGACAUAAAAAGAGUGUGACAGUGAAGUGUAUUUGAAGGAAAUUGAAGUUAUUCAGACGAAAAAGAUAAUUUUCUCUUGUGCUGCGUAGCUUGUUGGCGUCAUCGUGGCUGCCAUCGUCGACGUUCUCGUCGUGCAUCAUCGCGUGCACACGAGUCAUGGUGUCCAAGGUAGACGCCAAUAAUAUUGAGAGCACAAGAUUCAGCCGGGCUGCUAUCAAUACAAAAAACAUAAUGAGUGAGAAACAUACAACACGCGGUUGUAACGCUGGUGCUGAUAGUGAUUUUGAGUUCGGAGCCCCACCAGAAGCACCUGUCUUCGAACCAACAGCCGAGGAGUUCCUGGAUCCACUUGCAUACAUUGCUAAAAUACGUCCCAUCGCUGAAAAAUCUGGCAUAUGCAAGAUUAAACCGCCUCCUAACUGGCAACCACCAUUUGCUGUAGACGUUGACAAAUUUAAAUUCGUGCCGAGAAUACAGAGGCUAAAUGAACUUGAGGCUAAAACAAGGAUUAAAUUAAACUUUUUGGACCAAAUUGCUAAGUUUUGGGAAUUGCAAGGAUCUUCAUUGAAAAUUCCUUUAGUUGAAAAGAAAGCUCUAGAUCUCUAUUCAUUACAUAAAAUAGUUAGUGAAGAAGGAGGUAUUGAAACUGUCAGAAGAGAACGACGAUGGGCAAAAAUUGCAAACAAACUCGGUUAUCCCUCCGGAAAAAGUGUCGGCAGUAUUUUAAAAAAUCAUUAUGAAAGAAUUUUAUAUCCAUUUGACGUAUUUAAACAAGGCAAAACAUUGGGAGAUAUUAAAAUAGAAGCUCCAGAAAACGAAGUAAAUGAGAAGAAAGAUCGUGACUAUAAACCACAUGGAAUUAUAUCCAGACAACAGAUAAAGCCACCAACAGCAAAAUUUUCUCGACGAUCGAAGAGGUUUGCGGGUCAAGAUGACAAGCAGGAUGUGGCUGUUAAGCAGGAAGAUUGUAAAGACGAAUGUGAUUCUGACAACGAGUGUAAAGAUGAUAUUAAAUUAGAACUUGAUGGAGAUAAGGAUUCAAAAGAACUUAAAAAACUUCAAUUUUAUGGCCCAGGUCCAAAGAUGGCUGGAUUCAAUACCAAAGAUGGAAAAAAGUCCAACAAAACUCGUGGGAUUAAAUACACCUAUGAUUAUGAUCCAUUGGCAAAAUAUAUAUGUCACAACUGUGGAAGAGGAGAUAUGGAAGAAAGCAUGUUACUUUGUGAUGGAUGUGAUGACAGCUAUCAUACGUUUUGUUUAUUACCUCCAUUGACCGAAAUCCCAAAAGGUGAUUGGCGAUGUCCAAAAUGCGUUGCUGAAGAGGUAUCCAAACCUAUGGAGGCUUUUGGCUUUGAACAAGCACAACGAGAGUAUACUCUUCAACAAUUUGGAGAGAUGGCUGAUCAAUUUAAAAGUGAUUACUUUAAUAUGCCAGUCCAUAUGGUACCGACAUCACUUGUAGAGAAGGAAUUUUGGAGGAUAGUUUCCUCGAUUGAUGAAGAUGUUACUGUCGAGUACGGUGCCGAUCUUCAUACGAUGGAUCAUGGUUCAGGAUUUCCUACAAAGACCAGCGUUAAUCUAUUUACUUGUGACCAAGAAUAUGCUGAAUCAGCUUGGAAUCUCAAUAAUCUUCCAGUUCUUCAGGGAAGUGUGCUAGGUCAUAUCAAUGCAGAUAUCAGUGGGAUGAAAGUGCCCUGGAUGUACGUUGGCAUGUGUUUUGCUACAUUUUGUUGGCACAACGAAGAUCAUUGGAGUUAUUCCAUUAACUACUUACAUUGGGGCGAACCUAAAACUUGGUAUGGAGUUCCUGGCUCUGAAGCUGAGAAAUUUGAACAAUCAAUGAAGUCUGCUGCUCCUGAACUAUUCCAUAGCCAGCCAGACUUACUUCAUCAAUUGGUUACAAUAAUGAAUCCAACAAUUUUGACUAAUGAAGGUGUACCAGUAUUUAGAACGGAUCAGCACGCGGGUGAAUUUGUUGUCACGUUUCCUCGAGCUUAUCACGCAGGUUUCAAUCAAGGCUAUAAUUUUGCUGAAGCUGUAAACUUUGCUCCUGCUGACUGGUUAAAAAUCGGGAGAGAAUGUAUUGCACAUUAUUCGAAUCUGCGUCGAUUUUGUGUAUUUUCCCAUGACGAAUUAGUUUGCAAAAUGUCAUCGGAUCCAGAUUCUUUAGAUAUUGGUAUAGCUGCAGCAACAUACCAGGAUAUGUUGCAGAUGGUUGAUGAUGAAAAGAAACUUCGAAAAAAUUUACUAGAAUGGGGUGUUACCGAAGCAGAACGUGAGGCUUUUGAGUUAUUGCCAGAUGACGAAAGACAGUGUGAGACAUGUAAAACAACAUGUUUCCUUAGUGCGGUGACCUGUUCAUGUCAGAGUAAUCAAUUGGUGUGUUUGAGGCAUUUUAGGGAUCUUUGCAAUUGUCCUCCGGAGAAGCACACUCUUCGUUAUCGAUAUACACUUGAUGAACUACCCAUAAUGUUGCAAAAACUUAAACUCAAGGCUGAGUCUUUUGACUCAUGGGUAACAAAAGUAAAGGAAGCGAUGGAUCCUAAGGCAGAAAAAAUAGAAUUAAGUGAACUUAAAGAAUUACUAAGUGAAGCGGAAUGCAAAAAGUUUCCUGACAGUCAACUCUUGACAGCUCUUACAACUGCAGUUCAAGAUGCAGAGAAGUGUGCUAGUGUCGCUCAACAAUUGUUAAAUAACAAACAACGUACAAGAACUCGACAGUCUGUUGAUACUAAAUAUAAAUUGACUAUUGAAGAGUUGACACUAUUUUAUAAAGAAAUAACUAAUCUCUGCUGUGAGCUAAAAGAAUCUGAUGGUGUAAAAUAUAUUUUAGAUCAAGUAUUACAGUUUCAGAAAGAUGCAGAGGAAUUAGAAUCUAAAUGUGACGACUGUGAUGUAGCGAAAUUAGAAAAAUGCAUUGAUUUUGGUGAUUCUAUUUGCAUUGAACUACCACAAUUGACAAGAUUGAAACAAAAAUUGAGUCAAAUCCAAUGGCUUGAUGAGGUAAAAUCGAUGUUAGAUGAAUCUAAAUCUGUAACUCGUGAAGAUUUAGCUAAAUUAAUUGAAAAAGGAAUGUCAAUACCACCUCACAUAAGUAUAGAAACGAUGUUAUCAAAGCUUCAACAACUAGUACUAAAUAUUGAUAAGUGGGAAGAAAAAGCUAAAGGAUAUUUGCAAGCAAAGAAUCGACAGAGUAUUACUGCCUUUGAAGAAUUAAUUCAAGAAGCUGAUGAUAUUGAUGCAUAUCUACCAAGUUUAGAUAGUCUUCAAGAUAUUUUAAAUAAAGCUAAAAAUUGGACAAAAACUGUCGAAGAAAUUCAGGCUCGAGAUAAUUAUCCUUAUUAUGAUACUCUAGAAGACCUUACUCGCAAAGGACGAAAUAUUCCUCUUCAUUUAGAUGCUCUUCCAAUGCUUGAGUCAACAUUAUCCCAAGCAAAAGUCUGGAAAGAUCGAACGGCAAGGACAUUUUUGAGAAAAAAUUCACAUUACACAUUGAUGGAGGCACUUUCUCCUCGGAUCGGAGUUGGACAACCAGGACAGCAGAAAACGAAAAAGAACAAAGGAGAUGAGGGUAAUGCAGUUUUUGUUUGUGAUACAAAACUUGAUGAUUCUAGUAAUUCAGCAAAUGUUGUAGCUGCUUUUAAAUCAGCUGAAGGUCGGGAAAUGGAUGCUAUGAGAAGUUUAAGAAAUAGAAAUAUAAAAAAAGUAACUUACGAAGACUCGAAGUAUUGUGUCUGUAGAAAACCAAGGUUUGGAUUGAUGCUUCAAUGUGAAUUGUGUAAAGAUUGGUUUCACUCCAAUUGUGUACCUCUUCCAAAAACUACGUAUAAAGGGAAAGUUCAGCCAGCUAGGGAAACAAAAUUUUUAUGUCCUUGUUGUCUAAGGUCAAGAAGACCGAGAUUAGAAACUAUUUUGGCACUUUUAGUUAGUCUUCAAAAAAUUCCCAUACGAUUACCAGAAGGAGAAGCUCUUCAAUGUCUCACAGAACGAGCAAUGAACUGGCAGGACCGUGCCAGACAAGCUUUAGCAACAGAAGAAGUUUCUACAAUUCUCGCCAAACUUUCGGUACUUUCUCAAAAACUUUCAGAAGCUGCAGCUCGUGAAAAAACAGAAAAAAUCAUCAGCAGUGAACUUAAGAAAGCGGCUAAUAAUCCAGAAUUACAUCAGCGUGUACAAGCAAUAGCACCAUUGAGUGGGGUACAUUCAGAUGAGAGUGUCCCUAGUACAGCUGAAGAAGAAGAAGACGAUUUAACUGAGGGUGAGGAGCCGUCCUGUAGUACUUUUAAUAGUAAUGAACAUGCUUAUUCUUAUGUAUCAAAAUUACAACGAAAAUUACAAACUCAAAACUCCGAUACCACCAUCGUUUUAUCUGCAGCGAUGAAAAUUAAACUGGAGGAAUUAAUGAUGGAAGGAGAUCUUCUAGAAGUGGCACUUGAUGAAACUCAGCAUAUUUGGAGAAUCCUUAGCCAUACUAACAGCCCUUCCACCGUUCGCAACUAUGCAGCUUUCGAAGAAGUUCAAGCCAAUUUCAAUGCUGAUACAAAAGAUCCUAAAAAAAGAGGUAGAAAAAGGAAGUCAGACGAAUUUGAAGUCGUCAAAAAUGUCAGUCGACCGAAAGUUGAUGAAAAAGUCAUCAUGAAGAAGAAAGGAUUGAUUAAUAAGGACAAAAAAAUCAUUCCAUCUCAAGGACAAUUAAAACGUGGGCCAAGAAAGAUCAAGCGAAAAGAAGGGGACGAAGUUCCGAAAAAAAAAGGAGGCAAUAGAAAAAAAACUAAACAGGAUACAUCUGAUGAAGAAGAUGAUUGUGCUGCAGAUAAUUGUCUCCGGCCGAACGGACGUGAAGUUGAUUGGGUACAGUGUGAUGGUGGAUGCAACGGAUGGUUCCAUAUGCACUGCGUCGGCCUGGAUAGAACAGAAAUUGCUGAGGAAGAUGACUACAUUUGCAGUAAUUGCAAGGACGUGGAUCAAAAUACAACGUCCCAGGGUUACCUGAGCGGGGACAAUGAUGAUCAGGACAUUGAGGAAAUCGAUUCCUACGAGCGGACUUAUUAACUUCCUUCAAAUAAAGCACCGCACAAUAAUUCUAGAAGACAGACAAACAGCGUCGAAUGCAAGAAAAUCAUCUCUGGUCCUCAAAUUCAUCCGUGAAAUAUUAUUUUCCUUUUUCAUUGAUAUUAAUUAUAAAUAUUAAAUUAUGUCUAUAAAAUAUAUUUAUAUUCCCUUCAUGUCAAUUGCGGUGCAUGUAGAUAGACUGAAAGAGAGAUGUAUUUAAAAAAUAAUAAGUAAAACUACGUAAAUGUAAAAUGUGACUAUAAAAUAUGGAGUGUUUUUAUGGCUGAUAAAAACAAAGUAAUUUUGCACUGAUGGAUAAAAAGCGUAAUCAUAUCUACUUGGCCUUUCCAAAAUAAAAUAAAUCAUUCAUUCAAAUGACCAUACCACGUAUGAAUAAAUGUUUUUGUUUUUUAAUUUU